GGGCCAUUUAAAUGUGUGUGAGGGAGCCCCUGAAAUGGCCGCGCAGGUCGCCGCGGUGCCGCGGGCCCCGGAGGAGCCGCCGCCGCCCUCAGCGGACCGGCCCGCCCGGCCCCGCGGACCCCGCCGCCGGCGGGCGGCACCCGGCGAGCCGCCGGCUGCUAAGCGAGCCCGGCCGAGCCAGGCGCUGCUGGCGGGGCCCGGCCCGGCGGAUCCGCUGCCCCCACCCGCCCUCCCCGCCGCCGCCGCCGCGGGGCUGUUCACGUUCUCCCCGCUCAGCCUCCCGCCUCCCGGGGAGCGCCGACACCACCACCGGCACCACGCCGAGCCCGCCGGCCACAAGGCGAGGCGCGGCAGCCCCGCGGACGGCGCGGCGGGGCGGCCCAGCCAGCGAGAAACUCCAGAUGAAAAUGGCAAAAGCCAGCGAGCUGACAGUCUUAUUAUGAAAAAGAUAAAGAAAAAAAAGAAAAAGAAACACCGGGAAGAUGUGAGGGGAAAACGCCUGAAGAUGUACAACAAAGAGGUGCAGACAGUGUGUGCUGGGCUCACUCGCAUUGACAAGGAGACUCUGUCUCAAGGACAGUGUGACAGCCUGGAAAUGAGCAAGGAAUCCUUCAGGUACCUGAAGGAUGAGCAGCUGUGCAGACUGAACUUGGGCAUGCAGGAAUACCGGAUACCCCAGGGAGUCCAGACCCCCUUUGUGACACACCAGGAGCACUCUGUCCGCAGCAGCUUCCUGAAGACUGGCACUAAAUUCAGUAACUUCAUUCACGAGGAGCAUCAGUCCAAUGGAGGUGCCCUGGUCCUGCACGCUUACAUGGAUGAACUCUCAUUUUUGUCUCCAGUGGAGAUGGAGAGAUUUGCAGAAGAGUUUCUUGCGUUGUCAUUCAGUGAAAAUGAUAAAAAUGCAGCUUACUAUGCUUUAGCCAUAGUGCACGGAGCAGCUGCCUAUUUACCUGACUUCCUGGAUUACUUUGCUUUUAAUUUUCCAAACACUCCAGUGAAAAUGGAAAUUUUGGGCAAGAAGGACAUUGAAACAACAACAAUUUCAAAUUUUCACUCUCAGGUCAAUCGGACGUACUGCUGUGGCACCUACAGAGCAGGACCCAUGCGCCAGAUCAGCCUGGUGGGAGCAGUGGAUGAAGAAGUGGGGGACUACUUCCCAGAAUUCCUAGAUAUGUUGGAAGAAUCUCCAUUUCUUAGAAUGACUUUGCCCUGGGGGACUCUUUCCAGUCUCAGACUGCAGUGCAGGUCCCAGAGUGAUGAUGGGCCCAUCAUGUGGGUGAGGCCGGGAGAGCAGAUGAUCCCCACAGCUGAUAUGCCAAAAUCACCCUUCAAACGGCGCCGGUCAAUGAACGAGAUCAAGAACCUGCAGUACCUACCUCGGACCAGCGAGCCCCGCGAGGUCCUGUUCGAGGACAGGACCAGAGCUCACGCUGACCAUGUGGGGCAGGGCUUUGACUGGCAGAGCACAGCUGCUGUCGGGGUGCUCAAGGCUGUGCAGUUUGGGGAAUGGAGUGACCAGCCUCGUAUAACCAAAGAUGUGGUUUGUUUUCAUGCUGAAGACUUCACUGACGUUGUGCAGAGACUUCAGCUGGACCUGCAUGAACCUCCAGUGUCACAGUGUGUUCAAUGGGUGGACGAAGCCAAACUAAACCAAAUGAGACGGGAAGGCAUUCGCUAUGCUAGGAUUCAGUUGUGUGACAAUGACAUCUACUUCAUCCCUAGAAAUGUCAUUCAUCAGUUCAAAACAGUGUCAGCAGUCUGCAGCUUAGCCUGGCACAUCAGACUCAAACAGUAUCACCCCGUGGGGGAGACUUCUCCAAAAGCAGAAAGCAAUUCAAGCCUGAACAGUGAUGUUCCUGGAAACACAGAGGCAGAAGGUGAACCCCAAGGAGUGAGUGUAAAAAUAGAGUCUGAAGAACCAGGUAUAGAAAUUCAGCUCUCCUCCUCUGUUUCUUCAAUAUCAGGACUUGUGCAACCAGAUCAGGUGGCGCAGCCCCUUCCAGGUUUUAAAAUAGAGUCUGAUCAGCAACACAAUCCACAGGAUCAUGCAGGCUCUUCUGUGUGAUAUGUAUAUAUUCAAACAUUUUUUAAACAACUUUUUAAAAUUUUGAUGUGAAGUUAUAGUUUUAUAACUGGCUUAUGUUUUAUUGGAGAAAUCUUGCCUAUAAUUCUAUAAAGAAAGGUGACAUUCCAAAAUGUCAAGCAUAUCUUUUUUACACAGAUUAUGCAAAAUUCAAGUUGUAUUUUAACCCCUUAGUACAACCUGUAACAGUGGUCUACCACUUCUUUCUGUUUAAGUAAAGAGAUGUUGAAUAUCUUCUCAAAGUCAGAUUGAAAUUCCUCCAGGAAUAUGAAAUGAUUGAGCUCCAUUGGUCAGUGUUAUUUCCCUACUUUUACUUUAUCUCUAAUCUUCACCAGAAAGUGAUGCUUUUGUAGAAGACUUGCAAAGUGAUUUCCCCAUCUCAUUUUAAUUGCUUAAAAAAGUAAAAAAGAAAAAAAAAAGGAAAAAAAAGAAAAAAGAAAAAAAUAGAGAAAGCACAGCACUUUUGAUGAUUUGUGGAAUUUUUGGUAUGUCUGUUCUUGACAUGUUGGUUUAUAUACAAGCUAUAGAAAUUGAUGUUUCUUACAGUUCCUACAAGGGUGACCUGUAAAAAGAACUGAAGCAAGUGUCUGAUUCCUGUUGAAAUGCAAUGACUUACUGACCUAACACUUCUCAUAGCACUGCUUAUGUUGUUUGGUGUGGGGGUUUUUGCUUCCAAAAUACAUCUUCCCUGAAUGUGAUAAAUGCUAGUGUCAAAAUUAGAGAACCUCUUGGUAGUCUUGUGGAGGAAACUGCUAUCUUUGAGCACUUUAAGGCUUUAAAAUACUUAACCAACUUGGCAGCUUGUUUUGAUCGGGUCGUAACGUGUCCAAUGGAUCCACACUUUCCCUUGUACUGAUGCACUUAAUAUAAUAAGCAUUGAGCUGAUACCUGACUCCCUAGAAUAAGGACAGCCUUACUGUGUAAGUUCUGUAUUAGUAUUUCACAAUAAAAAGUAUUUUGGCGUUGGACUGCUUUUUCCAUGUGUAGCUCCUGGGUGCCCAGUUACUGUGGAAAAAUCAGCAGCACGUGCUCAAUGUGUAGAGUGUCAGCUAUCAACAGUUUUUAAACAAUCUUUCAAUAUUUCUGGAUGUUAACGUGUAACCUGUAUUUGACUUUCACUCACCCCAUUUAUUACUGCCCUUUCCAGUCAUCAAAAGGAAAAGUCCCUUUUCCCUCCUCCCCCCUCCCCACAUUUAGAGUACAAGUUGGGGUUUGGUGCAACUUAAGCUGUCUCCAGAUAACUUUAUUUGUUCUAAUCCUCACUGGGGUAGGAAAGAUUUGAAACACUAUGUUAGACUAGACAAAAGCAAAGAUGCUGUGUUAGUUCUGGAUGCAUCUUUUUAAUAUCAAUUAUUACUCUUCUCUUUAUAAGGGUCUCUAAAAUAUGUUACUCUAUUAUAAAUCUUACUUUGUGCAAUAUUGUUUGUGUAGGCUUUUAUAUACAUAUUAGCACCUCAGUGUAGAGGUCACUAUUUUAAACUGAUAGAGAAAUAAUCCUCAGAAGAUACUGCAGUGAUUAGUUAGAACCUGUAUUACUCCUUAUGUGUAUGUAUGUAUUGUCUUCGGUACAAAAAUGAGGACUAGGAAAUAUUUCAAUUUAAACUAAUUUACAGAUUGAAGUGGUAGUGACUCGUUUAGUAAUCUGUGUAAAUAAGGUGUUAGAAUGGAAAGCUUUUAUGAUGAGAAGUAAUGUGAUUCAUGCAGGGGUGUAAUUUAAUCUUAGCAGAAAUUCUAGAUGACUCAGCGCGGCUCAGAGACGAGCCGUCAGUUCUCUGGUGGGUUUUUUCCACUUUUUAUGUUGAGAGGAAUUUCAUAGCUUUAAGGGUUGUGCAAAGUAAAAUUCCUCACAGGCAAUAGUGGUUUCAGUUCAUCCUUCACAUUCAAAGAUUCCCCAGGGGUGUUCUUUCCUUUUGACCAAGUCUGCGAGUCUUCCAUGUGCCCGUCCCGUCCCCGGGUGCCUUCCCUGGCAGCCAGCACUGAUCUCUCAGGAACUGUCACACCUGCAGGGGCCUGCCGUGGCACAGCAAGCAGGGCCCAACCUGUUUGUUUCUUGGGAAAAUUGCAAUGGAAGGAGGAGGGAAUCCAUUUGGAAGUCCUCUGUAAAUUCUAAUAGCACGUUUUUAAGUGGAUGAAGGAGGACUAGGGUGGCUUGUGCUACUUUCCAAGCUGUAGCUUUAGUGAAAUCUGUGACAACAGCCUGUAGUACCUGGAAAAUGCUGACUUCCUCUUGCAUGGAGGGACAUGAGCAAUAGCAUCAUGCUCUCUGUGCUCUGCUCAGUUACUAACUUAAAACCUAAUGUCAGAUUUAAAUGCACAUAAAUAAAGGUAUCUUUGAAUGACCUGAAUGUUGCUGAUGCCAUCCUACUUUGGAAGACUGAGGGAGAGAGGAACAAGCUGUUUGAGAAUCUCUUACUAAAUCCAUGCUCAGAUUUGCUGUGCUUUAACCAAACUGGCAGACUUUCAAAUCCCACCUCAGCUCUGGAUGUAAAGUGUGAGAGGGAUUGCUUGGGAAGCUGCUCGUCCCCAGCCAUUGCUUCAGUUGCCCAGAACAAAGCCUUGAUGGGACAAAUGCAAAUGUUUUCCAGCACAAGACCUGUAGAAGACUGAUUUUUUUAAUGAGCUAGAGCAGUUUAGAGAGGAAGUAACAAGUUCCGGCCAUUUAGUGUUUGAGCAGAACAAAUCCAGUAAAUAUUUCUGAGUAUCUCAUGUUAAAUAGCUGCUAUUUGAAUUUCUCCAAGAUUUCCUAAACCAGGCUCCUUAAUGAGCUAAUCACCUUUGAUUUGGUGGCUUGUUCUAAGGCUGAGGAAGUUUGGGCUGUUCAGUGUGGACUCCUCACAGCCCCUUCCAGGGGCUGCAGCUGGAGAGGGGCUGUUAUCAGGAACUGGGUGACAGGACAAGGGGAAUGGGUACAAAUCAAAAGAGGAGGAAUUUAGGUUAGAGAUGAAGAAGAAAUGUGAUGGGUGGUGAGGAUCUGGUUGCCCAGGAAGUUUUCAAAGGCAGGUUGGGCAGCCUGGCCCAGCGGGAGGUGUCCCUGCCCAUGGCAGGGAGUUGGGACUGGAUGAUUUUUAAGGUCCAUUCCAACACCUUAACAUUCUGUUACCCUCAGUGGAAAGCAGAUACAGAACAGUUCCUAAAUACAAAUGUGCUGGUCAGUUCUGCAAAUCCUCAGUGCUCUGUGGUGUGUGUCAGGUAGGAAAUACUUCGUCUUUGUGCUGGAGACAGCUGUCACUGACCAAGUGCUCUGUGUGUGAAACAGAACCGAGGCUUAGGCUCGACUUUAAAUCUAAAUGCUGGUGGCUGAAACCUCCCAGGGAUAAAGUGGCUCGGUUUUGUUAGGAAUGGACUAACAAGUGCAGUGUGCAGCUGCCUUUGGUUUCCUCUCCUCUAGGCCAGCUCCAGGUCGCUGUGUGCAGGUUCCUGCAGGUUCUGUUCCAGGAGCGGGGACACCAGCAGGUGUCCCCAGGGCAUUCUAAGGGACACUUUUCACAGGGCUCUGCUGCGCUCUGCCAGGUUUCCUGCGUGUUUCAGGUCAGUUCCCCGGGACAAGGCAAAUUGUCCGGUCUGGGAAGGAGCUGCCGGGGGUGGGAGAGGAGCGGAGGGACCGUUCCCUGUCCCCCAGAGCCUGUUCUGUCCCUUCCCGUGGGCUCCGAGCAGCGGCCAGGGCACCCCGAGCAUUCAAACACCGCUUUUCCCCAUUUCUCUGUACAACAUGUAAAGAUACCGACUCCUGUAUUGCUGUUUCGUGAUUUAAUUUGAUUUGAUUGGCAGCUACGAUUAUUUUUUUCUGUGGUUUUAAUUUAUCUAAGGUCUCUGCCUCCAGAGGACGUGUACAAUUGCCUGGACGACUGUUUGCUUUGUGCGGCCUUAGUGUAUUUAUUGACAUUCGCGCGUGUGCGGGGGCGGCCCCGCGCCCCCCCGCGCUGUCGGUAGCUGACUGUACACCAGUGUCAAACCGUUAAGCUAUUUCUUUGUAAAAUAGUCCUGCGGAAUGCAUAGAAUUUUUUUCCUGUAAAGUAUUUUUUUAAAUAAACAAAAGUCUGAUUUUGUCCUUUA